AUGUCUCGACCGGAACACCAAGCACCACCAGAAAUUUAUUACAACGACGCUGAAGCAAAGAAAUAUACCUCAAAUACUCGAAUACAAAGUGUUCAGGCAGAGCUGACAUAUAGGGCUCUUGAAUUAUUAAAUUUACCAGAAGAUGAACCAGCUUAUUUACUUGAUAUUGGAUGUGGAUCGGGUUUAAGUGGUGAAAUUUUAGAUGAAGAAGGUCACAUGUGGGUAGGAAUGGAUAUUUCUCCGGCUAUGUUACCAGAGGUUGCAUUAGACCGUGAGGUUGAAGGUGAUCUGUUCUUACAAGAUGUUGGUCAGGGAAUGGGGUUUCGCCCAGGUACAUUUGACGGGGCUAUAAGUGUUUCAGUUAUACAAUGGUUAUGUAACGCAGAUCGUAGUUCACACAACCCUAAAUCUCGUCUCACACGCUUUUUCUCGACUCUUUAUUCGUCACUACGCCGGGGUGCUAAAGCAGUGUUUCAAUUUUAUCCAGAAAAUGAUGAUCAAUGUGAAUUAUUAAUGAAUACAGCAAUGAGAUGUGGCUUUGAAGGUGGUCUGAUUCCUACAGAAGAUGGUAAACCAAAAAUGCCAAAAGCUCUGGGAGAAGAUGGAGAGGAUGAACCAAAUGUUGUAGCAUAUUCUAGUCAGAGAACUCAAGAACGUCAAAGAACUAAAGGUAAACAACGUAAAUCGAUUAAAGAAAAGGAUUGGGUUUUGCAUAAAAAAGAAGUUGCGCGUAUGAGAGGAAAGAAAAAUAUACCAUUGGAUUCAAAAUACACAGCACGAAAAAGAAAACCAAAAUUUUAG